AAAGGUCUUUCCCGGUGGACACAUCUCCCUCUCUGCUUGAACGAUGGCUGCUAAAGGUAUGCUGCUGCUGGUGCUCGCCCUGGCCUCCGUCGCCUCUCUGGCCUCCGCUGCUGACGAGGAAAGGAAACACUCGACUUCAGCGCCCUUCUCUUCCCGGUGGACUUCGACCUCGAUACCGUUCUGCUCAAUGUGGGUUUUGGGAGUGUUAGCCGUCGCCGCAGUCGCCUUACUCGUGUUCGGAAUCGGAGGCGGCAAUGCGUUCGAGAAGCAGUAUUAUCCACAGAUUGCUCCUCAGCACUAUCCUGCGGUCAGCCAACCUUACGAAAGAACUACCUUUGCCGUCCACCCGCCAUUGACGAGGCAGCGAGGAAGUAUCAGUAAAAAACGGAAGGCGUGCGGAGACAAAAUAAAUAAAUUUUCGAAAAAAAAAAAAAAAACUAAGGAACUCACAAACAGAAAAAUGGAGAUCUACUUAAGACAAAAUAAGUAAAUUGUGACUAGAUGAUAAUGAGAAAGUACUCGAAACAAAUGUUAAAAAUUUAUUAUGAGUUCAGUUUUUAUAAUGGUAUGAUAUGGCGUAGGAAGACUUAUGUAUAUAAUAACUGUAAUAUCUUUUCUGUUGACAACAACUCGAUUUCAAGAGAAAGUUGUUACAUCAUGUAAAUAAAAUUUAUGUUCUAUUUCCCUCUCUGUCUACCUAAACAUCUAUCUGUCUGCAAGUCUAUCAUCUACCCAUCUAUCUAUUUAUCAACUUCUCUCCCUCUUCAUUUAUCCAUCUCUCCAUCUCUUGAUUUGUAUGUUUAUUUAUUUAUCUAUCUAUUUAUCUACCUGCUUAUCCAUCUACCUCUUCGCCUGCUAUUUGUCAUUCCAUUUAAACUAUUUAUUCAAAUAUGCAUCUAAUUCUAUAUCUUUCCUCGCCCCUUUCAAUGU